AUGCAGGCAUUCAAUUUUUUAACAGAUGCACUGACUCAUGAUAGUCCUGAAGUACGGGCUGCAGCUUGCAUUUGCUUGAAAAACGUUUCUCGCUCUGUCAAGAAUUUGAGUGCAGGUCGUUUUAUGAAUGAAGCUGUCAUCAUUCCCUUGGUUCAGCUUUUACAUGACACGUGUACUUCUGUCCAGUUUACUCUGUCUAUGUUUGGCUCAUUGUUUGUAGGUGUUUAUAAACAUAAGUCGACAUUCAUUCAUUGUGGAGGUGUGAAACAGCUUGUUCGGCUAUCAAAGUCGAUGGAUUCAACCAUCAGGGUCAAUGCCGUGUGGGCUUUAAAGAACCUGAUGUUCCUUGUAAACAGCAAGUGUAAAGAAGAAAUUCUCCCAGAACUAUUGCCAUCUACGUUAAUAAGGCUUAUCUGUGACCCUGAAUCAUCUGUCCAAGAGCAAGCUUUGGCUCUUGUUCGCAAUCUCGUUGAUCGUGACUCUGUUGAGUAUGUCUUUUCUGAGGAGGGCCUUCUGCUGAAUGCUAUUGGAAGACAAAUGCUGAGCUCUUCAAAUGUUGAAGUUCUGAUUCAAGGAAUGUACGUCCUCAGCAAUGUGGCUUCUGGGAAUGAAUUCCACAAGGAAGCGGUCAUGAACCAACUUUUUCUACAGGCAGGCAGUGAUGCGCAAACAAUUUUGAUCAAGUUUCUGCAGAGUACUGACAGCCGAUUACGAACAGCUUCUGUAUCGGUUCUUGUAAAUCUCACUUUGACAAGCAGUCCAGGUGCAAAUAGUCGGGUUAUAAAACUGCAGAAAUGUGGCAUAGUUUCUCAACUAAAGAAUAUGAUCAAUGAUCCUUGCCUGGACGUGAAGCUUCAUGCAAGAACAGCUCUUGGACAAUCAAUGAUGUCCGGUGAUAGUUCAAUGGGAUGA